AUCAUCUAAUUUAGGAUUACCGGAAUAUUUAGUAUGUACUUAUGAUAUACCAGGUUUAGAUCAAUAUCCAACAACAACAUUUAAUUCAUUUAUGCAUUUAGCUGCAAUGGGUGCAUGUAUGCAAUUAACAGAUAUUAUGAAAGAUACAGUAACAUAUAAUAAAUGUUAUGAAUCAUACAUUGUUGCUGUAAAACAAAUAAGCAGAUUAUUAUGGUAUGAGGAUAGUAGAGAAGAUACAGGUUAUUUUUUAGCUUAUUCAGGUGGUCAAGGCGAAAAAGCUAUAUUUACAGAUGCAUUAUAUGGUCAAGUAUUAGCAUUUACAUAUGGAGUAGGUUUAUUGUUUGAUAUAGAAAAAAUGGAACAACAUUUAGACAGUGAAGUAAGAUUAGCAGAUACCCCUUAUGGAUUACGAAUGUUAACAGGACGUGAACCAUUAACAAAUCCACAAGAUAAUUCUAUAUGGAUGGGUGCAUCACAAGAUUGGUCAGUAUUAAAUUUAUGGCUUGAUACGGAUUCAAAUAAAGCCUUAAUACAAUCUGAAAAAGGUUUAAAUCAUAUAAGACAAACUUUAAAAGAUCAAUGGAAUAUACAUGGAUUGUAUGCAAGCGAUGGUUAUGGUAUUGGUGGUAAACCUUGCGUUACAUCUCAUUAUGGUUUUCAUAUGGUAUUGUGGCAUUUACCAUUUACAUUAUCAGGACAAUAUACCGAUUUACCCAACGGUAUAUUAAAAUUUUCACCCAAUUUACAAUUACCAUUUGUCAUUCCUGUUCUCAUUCCGAAUACAUUAGGAUCAUUAACGGUCAUUCCAGUGUCAAAUGAAAGAUCAUCAUAUACGUUAACUUUAUCAUUUGGAAAUUUAUUAUUAAACAUAUUCUCGGUUAAUGAUGCAAUAUAUCCGGGAAUUGUCAAUCUGACAGCUGGAUGA